CUCUUCCCCAUUCCCUCUUCGCAGCGCAAUUGAUUGGUUUCCUAGUGACGCCGCACGCAGCUCCGGCAAAGCAACGAGAACUCGAGCUUCAACGUCCAUCCCCCCCCAAGCCAAUCCACGUCUCCCGUACCUGCUAGAUCACAAUGGGCGGCGGCGGAAAGAUCCCCUACCCCAAGCACGUCUGGUCGCCGGCCGGUGGUUGGUACGCGCAGCCGGCCAACUGGAAGGCCAACACGGCCGUCUUCGGCGUCGUCAUCUUCGGCAUCACAGCGCUGGUGUGGAAAUUGAGCGCCGAGCGGGAGUUCCGGCACAAGAUGCCCGAGCCUGGACGCUUCUACCCGAGCAGAAAUUGGAGCAAGCAGAUCAUCGAGCACGAGCGGGCACAAGAAAAGGCGGCGCUGGAGAAGCCCCAGGAGUCAUGAUUGCAGCAGCAUCUUGCCGGCGAUGGCUUGGUUAUGUACUGUACAUGAUGAAUUAGACGGCUUCUGGCUUGAUCAACUUCCACCUCGGGCACGGUCCCGUGAGCUACCCCGGCCCUUGACUUUGCAUGUCCUUCCCUCCCUUUGUUGCGGCCACGGACCAAUUCGAUUCUGUUGCCAGAACAGUCCUGAACGGCGCGCAAUGCCGCUAUUCGGAAGCCCAAGCACUCAGACUUGCUCUGCAUAUAAAACAGGAGAGCCCUCGCUAGUCUGGCAUGACGAUCCUUCUUCUGGUCUGCUCCCGC